GGGUUCAGGCAUAGACGGCGGAGAUGCUGGAGUUCUACAAAUGUAGUAGCAACUCAGUGGAGUGGAAUCCCUCCCCCAUAGUCGCUCUAGCCACUAGCAUCGACGAUUCUCAAGUUGCCGCCGCUAGGGAAGAUGGCUCUCUAGAGAUAUGGCUCGUAUCCCCUGGUGCUGUCGGUUGGCAUUGCCAACUGACGAUACAGGGUGACCCUAAUUUGAGAGUUUCUUCACUGGUAUGGUGUAGUUCGGGUUCCAGUGGCUUAGCGGCCGGUAGAUUGUUUUCAUCAAGCAUUGAUGGAUCAGUCUCGGAGUGGGACUUAUUCAACUUGACACAGAAGGUUGUGCUUGAUCCUAUUGGUGUAUCCAUCUGGCAGAUGGCUACUCAUCAUUGGUGUAAGCUGCAGGUCAAUACAAAACAGGAUUUGGCUUAUGUAGAAAAUGGACAUGUCAGUGAUAGAACUAUUUGUGAUGGUGAUGCCACCAGUGACAGUGAGAUCGAAGUCGACUCACUCGAGUUAUAUGAGGAUCCAUUUACUGACAACACAAGUUUAGCAAUUGCUUGCGAUGACGGCUAUGUGCGAAUAUAUAAUAUCUCAGACUCCGAUGAGUUCACUUACCAUAAAUCUUUGCCAAGGGUCAGUGGGCGUGUGUUAAGUGUCACCUGGAGUCCAGAUGGAAAAUUGAUAUAUUCAGGGAGUAGUGAUGGGAUCAUAAGAUGCUGGGAUGCUAAAUCGUUGCAUGAAGUACACAGGAUCACUGUUGGUCUUGGAGGUUUAGGUGGUGUGUCUGAACUUUGUGUAUGGUCUUUACUUGCACUGAGGUGCGGGACCCUUGUGAGUGCAGAUAGUAGUGGCAGUGUUCAGUUUUGGGACAGUUUACAUGGAACUCUCUUGCAAGCACAUUCCUGUCAUAAGGGUGAUGUUAAUGCUUUGGCAGCUAGUCCUAGCCAUACAAGGGUGUUUUCUGCUGGAUCAGAUGGGCAGUUCGCUCCACAUGAUAUCUGCCCAGCACCACAGAGACCACCCAUUCAAUUGGUGUGCAGUACAGUUGACAGGUUGACUUGUCUGCUUCUGGUCCAGGCCUCACACUGGUUAGAUAUUUUUACAGUCCAUGUGAAAAGAGAAGAUGUUUCUAACAUGGUUUCCGGACCAUCUGGUGGUCUAUCAACUACGAAUAUGGUGGCUCGAGUCAAGAGCAAGGGAUCGCGGAAGAUCAUUUGCAGCUCCAUCUCCCCUUCAGGGAGAUAUUUUUCCUAUUCAGAUCAUGUGAAGCCUUGCCUUUUUGAGUUGAAAAGGAAUGGAACUGGGAAAAGUGUGUGGUCCAUAAGUAAGAGAAAGCUUCCUUCAUGUUUACCAUUUGCCCAUUCCAUGAUUUUUAGUUCAGAUUCUUCACGGUUAAUGAUAUCAGGACAUGACCGAAUGAUAUAUGUUGUAGAUGUUGGAAGUCUGAAGUUAACUCACAGAUUCACACCUUGUCGUACGGAGUCCGAUGAAGAAUUACCGCCUACUCAGCCUCCAAUAACAAAGAUGUUUACUAGUCUUGAUGGACAGUGGCUAGCUGCUGUCAACUGCUUUGGAGAUGUGUAUAUAUUCAAUCUGGAGACGCAAAGGCAACACUGGUUUAUUUCAAGAUUGGAUGGUGCCUCAGUUACCGCUGGAGGUUUUACUCCUCGAAAUAGCAAUUUGCUAAUAAUAUCCACGUCUUCCAAUCAAGUGUAUGCGUUUGACGUGUAUGCUAAGAAACUAGGAGAAUGGUCUAGCAACAACACAUUAAUCUUACCAAGAAGAUAUCAAGACUUCCCUGGAGAGGUUAUCGGGCUUACCUUUCCGCCAACUUUGAAUUCAUCAAGUGUCAUCAUUUACAGUGCCAGGGCAAUGUGCUUCAUUGACUUGGGGAUGCUGAUUGGCGGAGAUGAAGAUCAUGAGAAAGUUAAGGGUCAGGAUUCAACGUUAAAGAAGUUAUACAAGGGGAAAAUAAAACGAAAGUUGAUAGAGGUGCAUGAGUUAGAAAGUAAAAAUAAGAAUGUUGAAAUUCGUGGUUUCAGAGAACCAGUGUUGUAUGUUGGGCAUCUUUCAAAAGGUUCUGUUUUAGUGAUAGAUAAACCAUGGUUGCAAGUGGUUAAGACUUUUGACGCGCAGCCCGUUCACAGAUACAUAUUCGGGACCUAAUCGUGGUCGUUCUCAAGUAGAAGAGGUUGGGUAGAGUGGUUCAGUUUUGGUGUCUUGGUUCUCUCUUUAUCAACAGGGGAGGGGUGAGUGGUGAAAUUAAUCUUGUUUUGUAAUGUAUCUUUUAUUUAAUCUUGUUUUCUUUGAUAGUAAAAUUCUUUUUUCAA